CCAGCUUCAGGAGGAGUUGGAGCAGCCUGGCCCCAACCUUGUGCCUUCAUCAAGUGAGCUGGUCUCCACUCCUGUCCAUGCCUGCUGCCAUGGGAAUGACCCUGUUUUUCCUCCUCUUUGGGGGCAUCUGGACUCAAGAGAUGACUCUGGGGUCUCUGCACAUCACAACCGCUUUGGAGAUGUCUGUACCGGGAGGGUCCUCUGCUUCCUUGGUCUCAACUUUCUCUGAGUCCCCAAACCUCAACUCAGUGACCCCCAAUCCUAUGACAACAAGGGUCCCAGAGAAGGGUAACAGCACCAGGCACCAGAUCUCCCCACCUUCCUCAGACCUCUAUACAGCCAAUGAAAUGUCCUUUCCUGAGGCUUCCACAGCUGCCACCAGUGACCUCCAUGUACCUGAGUCAACAGUCUUCUGGGAAGUUUCCACCAAGGAGUCAUCAAACCUGGAAAUUAAUGCAAACAGUAACCCUGCUGAACCACCAAGAAACUCUCUGGCACUCCACGUUAUGACUGAUGGAACCAUGGCAACUGGCUCCCUGGAGACCUCUGAUGUAGCCGGUGGACCCCCCGUCACCAUGGCAACUGGCUCUCUGGAGACCUCUGAUGUAGACGGUGGACCCCUUGUCACCAUGACAACUGACUCUCUGCCAAUCCCCAAGUGGACCAGUGACUCCCCCAUCUCCAUGGUAAAAAUACCCACCGUGACUACCUCAGCGUCCUCCAAAAACAGAAGCAGUACCCAACUUUCAGAUCAGGGGACAAAGGGCACCCUGCUGGUGGCUGUGUUUGUGGCCCUGCUGGUGGUCAUUGUCCUCGUGGUCCUACUCCUGCUGUGGCGGCAGAGGCAAAAGAGGAGGACAGGGGCCCUGACACUAAGCAGGGGAGGCAAGCGCAACGGGGUGGUCGAUGCCUGGGCUGGGCCGGCCCAGGUGCCUGAUGAGGAGGCCCUGACAGCAAUCGCAGUGGGCUCUGGGGCCGAGAAGGGCUCUGGGGGGCCUGAGGGGGAACGGGCUGGCCGACAGCCCACACUCACCACCUUCUUGGAUAGAGGCAAGUCCCAACAGUGCUCCUUGGGGCUGGAGGAGCUGAAGGCCGGGUCAGCUCCCCUCCUAAAGGGGGAGGCGGAGCCGCUGGUGGGCAGCAAGGAUGAGGCUUCAGAGCAGCCAGAAGCUGGGGAGGUGGAGGCCCCUCAGUGCUUGUGAAGAACGAGAGUGGAGGUCAGAACCAUUCCCAGCUUCCAUCACUUUCCGUCCGAUCGUCAGCUCCAGGCUCCUUGUCUCCCAGCAUGUUCAUCCUGAACCCUCAUCCAGCUUCUCAACCCCGGGGUCUUCCCACCAGCGCCCACCCCCGGUGCCCAGAGGGCCUACCCCCACGGGACGCUUUCAGACUGAAUCAAUAACCCUUCCUCAUCAGUUCUGACUUCUCCCCACCGCCUUCUCCAUGUUUUUGUCCUCGAGACCAGUUGCUGAGUCUCCACAAUGCCUACGAUUUCUCAGAGGACUCCCCAGGAACACCAGAGUCUAGGAAGGAGGAUGGAAGCAAACUCCCACCUUGGAUCACUCUGGAAAGUACUUUGGCCCCAUAGAUUAGGACAGGCCUACUGGGUCAGCUCAGAACCUUCCUUUAACUCCGCGCGGUGCCCUGCGGGGGGCCACCUGGAGUCACCCAGCUGUGCUCCUGGGUGUGCCGCUGAUGGCACCUGGACUCUAGGCCGGCCCCUGGCCCGCACCCCCCCCUUCCCCCACCUGUGGACCGAGGCGUCCAGAGGCAGCAGCUACUUCUUCCAGGGGCAGAGGUGAGAAGAGUUUCCGGGCAGGUGUGGUUCUCAGAAACCCCAGCACCUGCGCGGGUCCGGGCGUGGGCGCCGUUGGCGGGCACGAGGCAAGGCCUUGGCUCUGCGUGUGAAGUUGUGGUGGUGAGUACAGCUGGUGUGAGGAGGGGGCAGGAGGGGCGGCAGCGGAGUGGCCACCCUGAGGGACCGCUGAGAACAUUUGGGCCCUCGUCUUUGCUCAGGUGGGGCGGAGGUAGCAGAUUUACAGCUGUCUGUAGCCCAAUAAAGAAUGUGGGGCCUGAUAGAAAGACUGCAUGUGUGACCUGAGUGUGGUUCUUCGGCUCAGUCGCUGUCUGCCCUGCUCGGAGCCUCCCCCGCCUCUGCAUGCUCGCCC